UUCAAAGGAUUUACUCAUUGAUUCACAGUAAGCUAGCUCGCUGCAAAUUGCAAUCCAAUAGAAUUGCUUCUUGACAUGCUGAGGUCACAAUAUCAGAAAUGACACUAACGCUAUAAGAACCACAUUUUUGAAGACACCGCAGAUCCAGAUCGGAGUUCCCACUCUCAAUCACACAAUGGACUGGGAAGGUGCAAUUUCAGGAUCAGAUAUGGAAGUUUCAGUUUCUCUUCCAUUGGCCUCUGAAUCGCAACAACCCUAUGUCUCCGAACUCCUUUCCUUCACCCUCGAUCGCCUUCACAAGGAACCCGAACUUCUUCGCGUUGAUGCCGAACGGAUCCGUCGUCAAAUGCAAGAGGUCGCCGUCGCUAAUUAUCGCUCCUUUAUUGCUGCCGCUGAUGCCUUGCUUGCUAUUCGUCAGGAAGUUUCCUCUAUUGAUAAUCAUCUUGAAUCUCUGAUAAAUGAAAUCCCAAAGCUGACAUCUGGAUGCACCGAGUUCAUAGAAUCUGCAGAACAGAUUUUGGAGAAGAGGAAGAUGAACCAAACAAUGCUAACCAAUCACAGCACUUUGCUUGACUUGCUAGAAAUUCCUCAACUUAUGGACACGUGUGUGCGGAAUGGAAAUUAUGAUGAAGCCCUAGAUUUGGAAGCAUUUGUUGGCAAACUUUCAACCAUGCAUCCAAAGUUACCCAUUAUUCAAGCAUUGGCUGCAGAAGUUAGACUGACUACCCAAUCACUUCUUUCUCAGCUUCUUCAGAAACUGCGCUCAAAUAUUCAGUUGCCUGAAUGCCUGCGCAUUAUUGGAUAUUUACGGAGAAUAGGAGUAUUUAGUGAGUAUGGAAUGCGUUUGCUGUUCUUAAGAUGUCGAGAAGCAUGGCUUAAUGGUAUCCUUGAGGAUCUUGACCAGGCAAAUCCUUAUGAAUACUUAAAAGGAAUGAUUAAUUGUCACAGAAUGCAUCUUUUUGAUGUUGUGAAUCAAUAUCGAGCAAUAUUUGCUGAUGACACAUCGGGAAGUGAGGAAAACUAUGAUGGUGGACUACUUUUUAGUUGGGCAAUGCACCAAAUUACCUCACACCUGCAAACUCUGAAAGUUAUGCUUCCAAAGAUAACUGAAGGUGGAUCACUGUCAAAUAUUCUGGAUCAGUGCAUGUACUGUGCUAUGGGACUUGGUUGGGUUGGAUUGGAUUUUCGAGGCUUGCUCCCACCACUUUUUGAAGAGGCAGUUCUCAACUUAUUCUCCAAAAAUAUGAGUACCGCAGUAGAAAAUUUUCAGUUGGUCUUGGAUUCACAUCGCUGGGUUCCCAUGCCAUCAGUUGGCUUUCGUGCAAAUACUGUUGAAGAAAGUCAGGAGGAUGUAACUCCACCCUCUUAUUUGAUGGAGCAUCCACCUCUUGCUGUUUUUAUAAAUGGUGUAUCUGCAGCAAUGAAUGAGCUACGGCCCUGUGCCCCAAUAAGUUUAAAACAUGUCCUUGCCCAAGAAUUGAUCAAGGGAUUACAGGCUGUUUCUGAUUCAUUGUUACUGUACAACACAACACGGGUUCUUAGGGCUAAUGAAUCGGGACUUUUUCUCUCACUUUGCCGGGCAUUUAUUGAGGUUGCUUAUCCUCAUUGUGCUACAUGUUUUGGGCGUUGCUAUAUUGGUGGAUCAACUUUUAUUAUGGAUGCAAAGAACGUAUAUGAUGGAAUCAGCCGCCUAGUAGAGACUUCCUCUGCAAGAGAACUCCCAAAACCAGUAAAUAAUGGAGAAGCCAAUGCCAUAGCUGAGAAUGGUGAAGUGCCAAAAGUGGAUAAUGGAGAAACAGCUGAUGCCAAAGAAUCCGAAGCUAUGAAUUCUGACGAGGUGAACAAAAGCUCUACAACACAGACAGAUCAGGAGGAAAAGGAAGACACUAAUCUUGAAAAGACAGAUGAAUAAUAGUAUGUUUGGGGUGGUGCCGAAAGCACCAUUAUCACGGCCCAAUGCCAAAUUCAAUGUGAUAUUCGGAAGCUACAAAAUGGCUUCACUGUGACGUGCGGCCACAACGUGAAACGACACCUUUCCAAGCACAUGCUAAGUGUCAUUCUAGUGAUGGACAAAGUGUAUUUUAAUUUUUUAUAAUUUUUUAAUAUCUCCUUGUUUUUGGCUUUGUUUAUUUCUUUAUAUGGUAUUGCCAGCUGUAAUUAUAUUGUCAGAUGAUAUAAUUAAUAUGAAUAGGCCAUAGAAAUUAUUGAUUGUUAGAACAGAAAAUGGAAUUUUGACACCGAUUACAUGUAAGGAACAAAAAAUGAUUUUUUUCAGUUCCUGCAUCAA